AUGGAAGAGGAGAAAUAUCUGCCUGAGCUGAUGGCAGAGAAAGAUAGCCUGGAUCCAUCUUUUGUGCAUGCAUCGCGCCUUUUGGCCGAAGAAAUUGAAAAAUUCCAAGGUUCUGAUGGAAAAAAGGAUGAUGAAGAAAAGAAAUAUCUUGAUGUCAUCAGCAACAAAAACAUAAAGCUCUCAGAAAGGGUAUUGAUCCCUGUGAAACAAUAUCCAAAGUUCAAUUUUGUGGGGAAAUUGCUUGGACCAAGAGGAAACUCCUUGAAGAGGCUACAGGAAGAAACAGGUGCUAAAAUGUCUAUCCUGGGCAAAGGAUCAAUGAGAGACAAAGCAAAGGAAGAAGAGCUAAGGAAGAGUGGGGAAGCCAAAUAUGCCCACUUGAGUGAUGAACUUCACGUGUUAAUUGAAGUGUUCGCUCCACCUGGGGAAGCUUAUUCACGUAUGAGUCAUGCAUUGGAAGAGAUUAAAAAAUUCCUGGUUCCCGACUAUAAUGAUGAAAUUCGUCAGGAACAGCUACGUGAAUUAUCCUACUUAAAUGGCUCAGAAGACUCUGGUCGUGGCAGAGGUAUUAGAGGCAGAGGGAUCAGAAUAGCCCCCACAACGCCUUCAAGGAGUCGUGGGGGUGCCAUUCCUCCUCCCUUACCACCUGGACGAGGUGUUCUCACUCCUCGAGGGACCACUGUGACCCGAGGAGCUCUCCCAGUGACCCCGGUAGCAAGAGGUGUCCCUACCCCACGAGCGCGGGGGACACCCACAGUGCCAGGAUACAGAGCACCCCCCCCUCCAGCCCCCGAGGCUUACGAAGAAUAUGGAUAUGAUGAUGGCUACGGGGGUGAAUAUGAUGACCAGACUUAUGAGACAUAUGAUAAUAGCUAUGCCACCCAAACGCAAAGUGUGCCUGAAUACUAUGACUACGGUCAUGGAGUAAGUGAGGAUGCCUAUGACAGCUACGCCCCCGAAGAAUGGGCCACCACCCGCUCCAGCCUGAAGGCACCACCAUCAAGGUCAGCCAGAGGGGUAUACAGGGAUCACCCCUAUGGUAGAUAUUGA